CUCUAAUAUAUGGCAAUACUUGCUGUGCGUUGUCGCGUUUGCAAAUUUUUUCCCGUGAAUUAAAAACCGCAGUGUUGUUUUUAUUGUUAUCUUGUCAUCAACGAGGGUAUUUAAUUUGAGCUGUCGCAUGACAUUUUGCCGUCUAUUGGCGUUAUCAUCAAACAAAAUGUUGGCACUGGAGCGCAUUCCUGAUCAAACUGGAUACUUGGUUUUAACAGAAGAUGGUGCUGUAUUAACGUCUGGAGGGGAGUUAGAGAAUGACGAAAGAGUGGCAAAUAUAAUUAGUAAAUUGGUUAGAUUGACAAACAAUGUCGAUCCCAAGGCAUUUUCUUCACAUGAAUCUUUUGACAAAAUAUCGAUUAAGUACAAAGAUCAUUGCUACGUUAUAUGUCUCUCUAACAAGAAGAUUCAUGUGGUAAAGAGAAAACUGCCACAGCAAACUACAACAGUAGUUGUCGAGCAGCAACCUACCAUCGACGUUUAGAUAUGAAUUAAAAUGAUAUAUAUAAAACAAUAAAUCUAUUCUUCGUACACUUUGAUAUGUAAAAACUAAUUUCUUCAAUAAUUAUAAGAUUUUAUUCUCUGUUAUGUAUUUAUAGGAAUGUAUGUUACAGUUUAAGACCUCAUGUGAGUUAAUAUCAUGUAUA